UUUGAAUACUUUGAAUGAGGUAAUUGGUCUCGUACAGUUCGAGACUCUUGAAAAUUUUCUACUUUCGUCGAAUUUGGUUCGGUGGAUUUUCGAUUUCCAGAAUUUGAGAAACAAUAUCGACAUCCUCAUCUGUCUCCUACCGUACGGAGAAAGUACAUAAUACAAUCAUGGCCUUCAAGGUAAACCUCCCAUCUAUCAAUAUCGAACGCCUGAUCAAUCAUCAAAAAGCUGAAAUUCUAUCAGACUCUCUCCGCUGCGAAUGCAGCUGCGUUAGACAAGGACCUGAUGUCCGUCGGUGCCUUCUCUAUUGAUCAACUAAUGGAACUAGCUGGAUUAAGUGUUUCACAAGCUGGUGAGCUCGAUCCCCUACUUGGUAAUUUUAAGAGUACUGAGGUAUUUGGGAAGUAUAUCGUGUUCAUCCUCCCAGUCGAGGACGGAGGGUUUUGGUUGCUUGUGGGCCGGGGAAUAAUGGUGAGUUUCUUUUUUAUUUUGGAUGUUAGGUUUGGGUCAUGAAUGGGUGGGAUGUAGAGUGCGUGGGGAAGGUGAGUAGUAUGGUGACAGAAGCUGAUGAAUGUAGGUGGUGAUGGACUUGUGGCUGCGAGACAUCUUUGGAAUUAUGGGUAUACACCUACGGUUUAUUAUCCGAAACAGAGUAAGAAUGAGCUUUAUCAGGUAUGAGUACCAUUUCAUUGACUCCUUUUGCUUUCCAAUCAAAAUCUUUUGCUAUCAAGGCCACUCUUUGUUUCUUUGACGCAAAGUCUUCGUUUGUGAGGAUAAACAGAAGGGGGAGUUGGAGGUCUCCAUUUUCCUUUAGUGCGACUUCUUCCAUACACUUAUAAAACAACCAACCAGUAAGCUAACACAAUAAAUAGCGUCUAGCAACCCAACUCAAAGAUCUCUCCGUCCCGUUCACAACAGACUUCUCAGCAUCUCUUCAAGAAACCGAUCACGUAGUCGAUGCCAUAUUUGGUAAUUCUAUCCAUUCACGAAUGUCAACUUUCAUAGCUAAACUCCACAGGAUUCUCCUUCUCCAGUCCUCUCCGUGAGCCAUUUCCCUCAGUAAUCACAGCUCUUGAAAACACAAAGAUCCCCGUAACGGCGGUUGAUGCCCCCUCAUCGUGGGACAUCGAAAAGGGACCACCAAGUGAAGGACCUGGUGCGAAAUUCAUGCCGGAUUUCCUCGUGAGCUUGACGGCACCGAAACCUUUGGUUGGUUGGUUUACUGGUAGACAUUUUUUGGGUGGUCGGUAAGUGAUUCGUUUGAUUUUGUUUUGAAAAGUGUUGAUCUUGCUUUACGAACUCGCUUUUUUUUAUACCUUGAAGUAGAUCUUCAUGAUUAGAUGAGCAAUUAUUAUAAAUGGGGGCAACUCGCGGGAAUGGUUAACUGAUGCGACUUCUAGAUUCGUCAGUCCAGGUAUUGCGAGGAAGUAUAAUCUGGACUUACCGGAGUAUGACGGUGUUGAUCAAAUCGUGGAGUUGGGCAAAAAUGGUGAAAAGCUGUGAAUGGAAAUAGGAGAUGCCUAGGCAUAAGAUAGCAUCACGGUAAAAGUUAC